GGUUGUCAGGGGAGCCUGGGUUUGAUUGUGCUGCCAUCACCGCCCGCUCGCUUUCUUUCUUCUUCUUCUUCCUCCAACGUCGCAUUGCCUCCCACGCUCUUUGUCUCUGCUUUACUCUCUCUGUGCUGCUACUGCUUCUCUUGACCUGCACCAGGUUUAUUAUUGUUGACUUUUUAUCCCUUCGGCACACCGCACCGUGCGAUUCCUUCUCCUGAAAUUACCCCACCAUGGCCCCUCCAAAGGUCUUCUCCCUCGAGGGCAAAGGCCUCAAGCUCGACACCGCUGAGGAUAUCGAGACUCAUAUUAAACCUCUCCUCGAGAGCACCGACUACACCGAGAUCCGCUUCGGAGGAAACACCCUCGGUGUCCCGGCUUGCGAGCGUCUCGCCGCCGUGCUUUCGACGCAAAAGAACCUUGCCGUGGCCGAACUGGCCGACAUCUUCACUUCUCGUCUGCUGAGCGAGAUCCCCGCCGCCCUCACCUUCCUUCUCAACGCCCUCCUCGAGAUCACUACCCUUCACACCGUCAACCUCUCUGAUAAUGCCUUUGGUGCCAACACCCAGAAACCUCUGGUCGAUUUCCUCGCUCGCCAUACCCCGCUCCGCCAUCUAAUCCUCAACAACAAUGGUAUGGGCCCCGAGGCCGGUUCGAACAUUGCCAAGGCUCUUACGGAGCUCGCACAACGCAAGGAGGAGGCCCGUAAGGAGGGCAAGGAGGUUCCCCUCCUGGAGAGCAUUGUCUGUGGUCGCAAUCGCUUGGAGAACGGCAGUAUGGCGGCUUGGGCACGUGCCUAUGAGGUGCACGCUGCUGGCAUGCGUUCCGUCAAGAUGACACAAAACGGUAUCCGCCAGGAGGGUAUCUCGUUGCUCUUGAAGGAGGGUCUCCGCCACUGCACUGCUCUGGAGGUUCUCGACCUGCAGGAUAACACCUUUACCAUCAUGGGUUCCACGGCUCUUGCCGGUGUGGUGUCCAGCUGGUCGUCUCUUCGCGAGCUCGGUGUCAGCGACUGCUUGCUCUCGGCUCGUGGUGGUGUCAAGGUUGCUCAGGCUCUGGCUGAGGGCAAGAACGAGAAGGUGCAGACGCUGCGUCUUCAGUACAACGAGAUCAACGCCGAGGGUGUCAAGCAGUUCCUGCACGCCACCAAAUCUGCUCUUCCUUCCCUGCGCCGCAUUGAGCUGAACGGCAACAUGUUCAACGAGGAUGAUGACAACGUGACUUCCCUGCGCGAGAUUCUGGAGGCCCGUCAGGAGGAGCACGGACAGGAUGAUGACCCCGAGGAGAUGUGGGGUAUUGACGAGCUGGAUGAGCUGGAGGAGGAAGAGAGUGAUGAGGAGGAGGAAGAGGAAGAGGAGGAGGAGAAGGCUGAGAAGCUUCUCAAGGACACCGACCAGGCCGAGAACGAGAAGGUCUCUCAGAAGAAGGACGCCGAUGUCGACGAUCUUGCUGAGGCUCUGGGCAAGACUGGUCUGUAGGGGGUUGGGAUGGUCCAUUCACCUCGCUUUCUCCCUCCAUUUGCCUCGGUGCACGGCAGUGACUUCUCGGUGGCAGAGCUGAUGAUCGUCUGAACGUGUCAAGCAGACUGACGCGUCCGGUCUGAAGCCGGCAGAGAUCUUGGAGUAUCCGAACCCGCCAGACGACGCGCCUGGCCUAUUCAUCCGUGAGGACUUGCACCUUGGAUAGAAGCAGUUUUGCUUUAAAUUGCUUAGCGAAGCUGGGCAUAGAUGUAGACCGAGCUGCUUUUGAUCAUACUGCCUGUGAUGUAUAUAACGUUUCAACGAAUGAUGUGAAUAGUUUUGCAGUAGUUUAUACCACUGCGAUCGUACACUAG